GUAAACUUUUCUUUCGCGUUGCGGGUUUAAAGUAUUUACGGCGUUUGUGAACAUGGAUGGAGAUUUAAAAGUAUUAAGUAAAUUAAAUAUUAUUGGCUUAAGUGAACAAAAAGCUAAGGAAACCGUUAAAAAUGAAAAACUAUGCUCUGAUUUGAUUCAAACUAUUGAACUGGCUGAGAAGCAUUCUUCCAAUGAAAUUUCGAAAGCAACAGGUAAUUUAUUGUACCACAUAGCAACAAAAUUGAAGCCCCAAAUUCGUUCUAAAAUGAGCCUCUUAGUACAGUAUGUUGCAGAGGGAAAAAUAGAUUCUGAAAUAAAACUUAAUGCUGCUAUGAGCUAUCUGAUAAAUAAUGCUAGUAAAGAUGUAAAUGUCAAAGAAUUUGAGAAACAAUCUGGUGUUGGUGUAUCUGUAUCACCAGAAGAGAUUGAAAAGGCUGUAGAAAAAGUGAUAUCUGCUCAUAAACAAGAACUUGUUGAAAAAAGAUAUUCAUAUAAUACUGGACUGCUCAUGGCUGAAGCACGCAAAGCACUACCUUUUGCUGAUGGUAAAUUCAUUAAGAGCGAAGUUGAAAUGCAAGUUUUAGAUAUACUUGGUCCUAAAACUGAAGCAGACAAUACAAAGCCAUCGAAAGCAAAAGCAAAAGAUAAGAAAGAAACUAUUACUGAAGUUACAGUUAAGCCUGUUGAAGUUAAAGAACAUUCAAUCACUCAAGUAAUGAAAAAACUCAACUUUCACAAACCUGGUGAAAAUUACAAAGCUGAUGGAUAUGUUAUCACCCCUAAUACUAUGAAGCUCCUUCAAAAACAUUUAUCUGAAACAAAAGGACAGGUUCGUACUAGAUUUCCACCCGAGCCAAACGGCAUUUUGCAUAUUGGUCAUGCAAAAGCUAUCAACAUCAACUUUGGUUAUGCUAAAGCCCAUGAUGGAAUCUGCUUUUUAAGGUUUGAUGAUACCAAUCCAGAAAAAGAGGAGGAGAAGUUCUUCAAUGAAAUAAAUGAGAUGGUCAGGUGGUUAGGGUAUGUUCCAUCAUUUGUUACUCAUUCUUCUGACUAUUUUGAUCAGCUGUAUGAUUUUGCUUGCGAACUUAUUAAGAGAGACUUAGCUUAUGUCUGCCAUCAAAAGCAAGAAGAUAUUAAAGGGUUUAACCCACCACCUUCUCCAUGGCGAAACCGUCCAGUAGAAGAAAGUUUGCAGCUGUUUCAGGAUAUGAAACAUGGGAAAAUUAAUGAAGGCGAAGCAACUCUGCGUAUGAAGUUAACUCUUGAAGAGGGAAAGCAAGAUCCAGUGGCCUAUAGGAUUAAAUUUUUUGCACAUCAUCGAACGGGAAAUAAGUGGUGUAUCUAUCCUACAUAUGAUUUUACCCAUUGUCUCUGUGAUGCUAUAGAAAAUAUAACUCAUUCUUUGUGUACUAAAGAAUUUCAGUCUAGACGUUCUUCCUACUACUGGUUAUGCAAUGCAUUAGAUAUUUAUUGUCCAGUGCAGUGGGAAUAUGGGCGUCUAAAUAUGCAUUAUACUGUGAUAUCUAAAAGAAAGAUUGCCAAAUUAAUCUCAGAAGGGAUCGUUAGAGAUUGGGAUGAUCCACGACUCUUUACGUUGACAGCUUUAAGACGUAGAGGAUUUCCUCCUGAAGCUAUUAAUAAUUUCUGUGUUGAGCUUGGUGUCACAGGUGCACAAUCUGUUGUGGAUCCCCAAAUGCUGGAGGCCCAUGUGAGAGAUGUAUUAAAUGUUACUGCCCCAAGGUGA